GGUCCAAAUGAGGGUUUUAUGCCUGGGUACGUGUUUCAUACAAGGAGUGCGGUUUAAAAGUAGGGCUUCAAGCCAAGGGUUGGGUUUAACUUUUGUACUUCAAGCCAAGGUUAAGAAUUAAAAGUAGGGUUUCAAAUUAGGGCUUCAAGCCAAGGGUUUGGGUUUCAGUUUACGGUCUCAAGCCAUGAUUUACAAAAGUCUGGGCUUUGGUUUUCUAACUAGGGUUAGUGUUUCAAGUCAGGGAAGGCAUAUUGUUUCAAAUGAGAGUUUGAGUGUCAAAUGAGUGUUUCCUGGCAAGGUUCGGCGUUAAAAGUAGGGUUUGAAGACGGAGCUUGUCAUUUCUUGUGUUUGUUUGUGGCUGUCAUGCGUGCUGCAGUACCAGGUGCAGCCUCCGAAGGGGAGGGGGCGCACAAGCGAGAGAAAUGGGAGGUGGUCUGUCGUCUUGUGGAUGUGUGGACGCUGUCGUGCGUGGGCGAAGCCUUCAUGAGAAGCAUCCCCCUCCCACCGAGAGCAGACGCUUGUCCGUGCCCGCCUGUGUCGCAUCUCCGCCGGCAGGGGAGACGCACGCCUCCUCGCUCGCUCGGUCGGUCGGUCGGUCGGUAGGUCCGCCCGCUCAAAAACCGUUUUGACCGCACACACGUGGACCUCAUUUAAGACGAGAGGAGGGGGAACAAAGUCGAGGAAGCCACGGAGCAGCAAACUUUGAAGAACACUAUGUUGUGACAUGUGGAGGUCGUGUGUCCAUUUUGGAGACAUCCUUCCUUCCCGUCAUGUGUGAAGGGGAUCGGACAUGCAGCUCCACGUCUGCUUGUUGCUCGUCCUCGUCGUCACAUCAUCAGUUCAGGGAGAGCCACGGAAUUCCACAGAGGAGCAUGCCAUCCCCGUCCCGCAUUCCGACAGAGACUUCGCCAGUCCAUCACCGGUCGCGUCCGACUACACAAGCACACAAGAACCCUACGGAGGGUCUGAGUCUGGUCCCGCCACGCCCUCCAUUGCGUCCGGGAGCCCUGAUAGCGGAGCUCUACGGCUUCCUGAGGAAGCGGGGAACAAUGGAGGGGAAACAUCUGUUACCGGCCUUCCGGUGACAGUGGUGCUGCCCCGAAACACCCAAACAAAUCCGGGCACACCAGAAGGGACACGUGGGUAUCACACCUCCAGGCAGUCCGCUUUUCCGCCUGUGACGUCCUCCCCGGCCAGUUGGACACUUCUUGCGACUCCUGCUGGUGCCACAGGAACAGUUCAUCACCAAACCCUCCGUCGGACCUCCUCAAGUGGGAUGGGAGUUUUCGAAAAACUCACUUCAGGUCCGGUUUGGGGGUCCAUGUGGUCACAAACGGACUCUUCGCAAAGUACACAAAGAACCACACGCCUGCCGGAUGCCACGCAGGGGAUGUCAAGGAUCUUUGGUUCUCUGUGGACCACCAGAGAUGCCAUCAUGGUGUCUGGAAGGAUCCAGAACUCGUCGGGGUCCGAGGAUGGGAGGGGAACGCCUAGACUUACGUCCAGCAUGAGCAUAAUGAAGUUAGGGGUAUCUGAAGAUGGGAUGGGAACACCCGGAUACAUGCCCCAGAUAGGCGUCUUGAGUGGCUCCCGGGUAGGAACCGGAACGCCGAGACACUCUCCCCACGUGAGCACCGUGUUGGCAUCCGGAGGGGUUCCGAACUCGUCUGCCUCUGAAGACUAUAUGGGAACGCCCCGAUACACGCCCCAGGUUGGGGUCCUAAACUUGGGGUUCUCAGAAGAUGGGGGGGUAACCCCUGGACACUCAACCCAGGUGAGCACUGUGAUGGCGUCCGACAGGUUCCUGAGGUUAGGGGACUCCCAGGAUGGGACGGAAACAGCACGACAUACACCUCAGGGUGGACUCUUAAGCUUGGGGGGCUCUGAGGACAGAACGGGAACGCCACAUGUGAGCACUGUGUUGGUGUCUGGUUCUGAGGAUGGUAUGGAAACACCCCAAUACACGCCCCAGGUGGGGCUCCUGAACAUAGGGGUUUCCCAUGAAGGCGCAGCAACGCCAGGGCACUCGCCCCACGCGAGCACCAUUUUGGAAUCCAGAGAGGUACAGAAAUUGUCUGGCGCAGAGGAUGGGAUGAGAACAGCUGGGAACACGCCCCAGGCGGGGGUCUUAAGCUUGGGGGGAUCCAAGGAUGGGAUAGAAACACCCGGAAACCCAUUCCACGCGAGCACUGUGUCAGUGUCCAGAGAGGUUCUGAGCUUUGGGGGCUCCAAGGACGGUACAGGAACGUCUGGACACUUGCCCCACGCGAGCACUGUGACAGUAUCCAGAGGGGUUCUGGGUUUUGGGGGUUCCCUAAACACGGACGAUGCCCGCCACACAACACCCACACCAACAGCCCUAAAGAACUUGCCUUCCGUUUCCCCUUCCAUCCUGGAAGUUCUGGCCCAGGGCUACAAAACCACUGCACCACCCUUGAUCAGACAAGGAACUCCGAAGACUGAGGAGAAAGGGACCGGGGACGGCAACACCGCAACAACCCAGCAUCUGAUGCCGCAAACCCAAUCCGCUUCGACUUCUUCGAGUGGUGCGACCACCCGCCUACCCAAAGUCUAUGUGGUGCCGGACCAGGCUGUCGCUUUCAGAGUGGAGUCCAUCGAGCUGUUGCUGCAGAUAGUUGUGGUUGAGUCCAGCUCAGCUUCAGGUCCCGACCUCGAGGAGGACACCAUCGCCUGGGCGGAGCCUUACCUGCAAAGGGCGCCAGGGUUCAGCAGGAUGUCGGGUGUGUGGGGCAGCGGUCGCGCCGUGCAGAUCCUACUGGAGUUCGACAGCGUGGGCGCUCUGCGCUGGCUCUCCGCCUCUGGAGCCUCGACACUGCUACGCCGGACGGGACUGGACGGGGCCGCACGCUUCAGAGGGUCAAAGGUCGUCAACAUCACGCUGGGGGGCGUGCAAGCGGACGUAUGCGAUUGGUUGCUGGCGUGUCCGGGAGGCUUCCGUUGUGUUUCUCGGCCCAACAACUACAGCUGCUCCUCCGCGUGUCAUUUUGACUUCUGCCGCCAUCACGGCGUCUGCACGCACCACCCGGAACAACUUCCUGUUUGUCGCUGCCUGGCGGGCGACCACUUCUGGUUCAUGGGAUCGAGGUGCGACGUACGUAUGACGCGCGCCCGUCUGGUGUGCACGUGCGUUUCCAUCCUGGCGCUGGCCGUGGCCCUGAUUGGCUCGCUGGCCUUCGUCGCCGUCAGACGCUACCGAGCCGCUCUGAUCCGGGCCAAGGUGGAACAGACCCGGAGCAGCUACCGGCGGUUCAACCAUUUCGAUGAGCUGUCGUCUCGCUUCUGGCUGCGCUCGGCUUCUGCGGGUUCCGCCGACUCCGUGGACAAUCCGGCGUUCACGCGCUCCGACGAGCUGUUGCACAUGCGAGCUCUGGACCGCCCCUGCUGCUACCACGAUGACACCCUGUCGCUUGCCUCCGCCUCCGCCUCCUCCGCCUGCACCGGCCGUGUCGUGCGCCUCAACACCAUCUACCCCGACGGCUCCCAGUACGGUUGGCGCGGCAGCGAGCUGAGCGUGGGCGAUGGGGUGCUGGACUCGGGCAAGGCCAGCGACCUGUCUGUGUGCAGCUGGCCCGUGGAGCCCAUCCAUUGGACGCCCUUCCCGCUUCUGCGGCAGCUGGCCGCCACCCACACCGCACACGCUGUUCGGGUGUCAAGGCCACGCUCGUACUGCGAAGGCAUGGAGCUGGUGGACAUGAACCGCAGCUGGACCACAUGACUCAGAUAUUCGGCGGCCAUUAAACACUCUUAAUGUGUUGUGUGAAUAUAUAUGUAUGUAUGUGACAGAUAAUUCAAUAAAUACUGUAUGUCUAUGUCA